AUGUUGGAAUCUCUUGACUUGUCUGCAAAUGAGCUUUGUGGCACGAUUCCUACCAGCCUUGCUGAUCUAAAUUUUCUCAGUGUGUUGAAUUUGUCACAUAACAGGCUGGCGGGAAAAAUCCCAAUAAGCACUCAAUUGCAAAGCUUUGAUCCCUCUGUAUAUUCGGGAAACCUUGAACUUUGUGGACUUCCACUUCCAAAUAAGUGUCCAGGAGAAGAAAUAGUUGUGGAACCUGUUCUUGUUCGGGGCAAAGACAAAAGGAUUCAAGAAGAUGAUGACAAGUUUAUUACCACUGGAUUUUAUGUUAGUAUGGGGCUGGGUUUCACCUUUGGAUUUUGGACAGUGUUUGGCAGUAUGAUUUUUGACAAACCAUCUAGACAUGCUUAUUUCAAGUUCUUGGACUACAUAAAGAAUUGGUUUUAUGUGGCAACUGCACUUAGUAUGGUUAGAUUGGGAAGGAGGCUUCAAAGUUGGUCAUCAAGUCAAUUUUCUAUGGAUGUUGUCAAUGUGUGA